CAGAUGGUGUGGGAUGGCCACACAAAGCAGGGAGAUUCAGAUCUGGCAGAGAGAAAUACUGCAGCCAAACAUUUUUGACAAAGCCUUUAUGAAGCCUGUAUAUAUACAGGCAUGUCUUGAUUAUUAAUUUAUCUAUUAUUCUCUAGAAUAUAAUUCCAGUCAUUUGAUACUGUCAUUUUUUUCCAAGCACCUUUAUGCAAUCAUAGUCUGACACGUGGUGAACAGCAGUUUUUCCUUCAAGAAGUUCUUAUUGAGGUGCCUUGAAAUUCAGCAGGCCAUAACAUAUUUUUAUCUGCAAGUUGCCAUUUGCAGAAAGCCAUUAAGGAUAAUCUUACAAAAUUGAAGUAGCACAGAAGCAGCAGCAGGGCUGCAUAAUUUAUCUGUAGGCAUUUAAAAAGAGCACUUUCAGCCAUGUCACUCCCAGCUGAGCAGGGGAGAUGUGCUCCGUAUGGAAACUAUAUUUGCCACACGUUUCAGGGAGGCAGCUGGGCAGACCGAUCCCCUCUUCAUGAUGCUGCCUUCCAGGGACGCCUUCUCUCUCUGAAAACCUUGAUUGCACAGGGUUUCAACGUGAACCUGGUGACCACAGACCGUGUGUCAGCUCUCCACGAGGCCUGCCUGGGUGGCCACGUGGCCUGUGCCAAGGUGCUGCUGGAAAACGGUGCCCAGGUCAAUGCAGCCACCAUCGAUGGCAUCACUCCUCUGUUCAACGCCUGCUGCAGUGGCAGUGCAGCCUGUGUCAACAUGCUGCUGGAAUUUGGAGCCAAGGGGCAGUUGGGGAGCCACUUGCCCUCGCCCAUCCACGAAGCAGUCAAGAGAGGUCACAGGGAGUGCAUGGAGACCCUUCUGGCCCAUGAGGUUGACAUUGACCAAGAAGACCCACAGCAUGGGACUCCUCUCUACAUGGCCUGCACGUACCAGAGAACAGAAUGUGUCAAGAAGCUUUUGGAGCUAGGAGCCAAUGUGAACGUGGGGAAGCGACUGGACACCCCCCUGCACGCGGCAGCAAGGAAAUCCAGUGUGGAGAUAGUUGUCUUGCUGACAGACUAUGGUGCUAACCCGAAAUGCAGAAAUGCUGACCUCAAAUGUGCCCUGGAUCUUGCCAUGCCCCACAGCAAAGUGGAGCAGGUGCUUCUGCUUCGGGAAGGUCCUGCCAGCCUUGCCCAGCUGUGCAGGCUGUGUAUCAGAAGGCGUCUGGGUCGGUCGUGCCUGUACACAGUCCCCAAGCUGCACCUGCCGGAGCCACUGGAGAACUUCCUCCUCUAUCGAUAAGUCUGUGACUGCCUUUAGACUGGAAAAGAAAGAGGAACAAAUGGUUGUUUACUCCAAGAUUAUU